ACUUGAAGGUACAUGCAUAAGAGCGGAGUUUAACGAAAUUGUGACUUUUUCGUCGAGUUCGAAAAUUAAUCGUUCAAAUGGAAGAAAAGUAUUAGUAUGUAAAUGUUUCGGCGAGCAAGAUAAAUGAAGAUAAAAUAAUGUCCAAAAAUCAGCAACCAAAUGGACUGUCAACGGGCGGCGCAACGGUGACUGGCGCGGAUGAUUUUUCGGACGGUGAGAGUACUCCAUUCACUCAGGAUUAUGGCGGCAGUCAAAGAACCGUGGUGGAAACGAAAGGAUGGGACGUGUUCCGGAAUCCACCGCCGAAGAUCGAUUCCGGCUCGAUGGCCAAUCAAAGAUGCCUCGAGGUGACGGUACAAAUAACGAAGGUGAUCGUGUACCUAUUAGUUUUUGUGAUAGUGCUAGGAAGCGGUGUGGUUGCCAAAGGGACGAUUCUAUUCAUGACGUCGCAGCUAAAAUCCGAUCGAAGGAUCAUUUACUGCAACAGGCAGAUAGGCCGGGACAAGCAAUUCAUAGUAACGUUACCAGAAGAGGAGAGGAUAGCAUGGAUCUGGUGCAUCAUAAUAGCGUUCGCGGUGCCAGAAUUCGGCACGUUAAUCCGCAGCAUUCGAAUAUGCAUCUUCAAGUCCUGGAAGAAACCGCCGGUGUCUCACUUCCUCCUCGUCUUCCUUAUGGAGACCUUCCACGUGGUCGGUCUAGCCCUGAUGUUUAUGGCAGUGCUACCCGAUUUGGAUGUGGUUAAAGGUGCAAUGCUGACGAACUGCGUGUGCUUCGUACCUGGGUUACUAGGGCUCCUUUCGCGUAAUAAAAACAAAGAUGAAUCGAAGAGAUUUGUCCUGGUGCUGAUCGAUAUUGCCGCACUCGCCGCUCAAGGAACAAGUUUCGUUCUUUGGCCAUUGUUGAACAGUUCCCGGCCAUCGUUAUGGCUCAUACCACCGUCUCUGUUCCUGGUUUCGUGUGGCUGGUGGGAAAAUUAUGUUUCGAUGAAGAGUCCAAUUGGAUUUGUCAGAUCUCUGGGAAGAGUGAAGAAGGAACUGCGAGUGACGCGAUAUUUUACUUACAUGUUCGUGUCUGUCUGGAAGAUCGUGGCGUUCUUUAUCAGCACUUUAUUGAUACUGUACCUCAAAGGUGAUACCGUUGGACAUUUAUUCUCGUUACUAAACAAGGCGUUCGGAGACCAUGACAUCAUGGUGUCGACGGUACGGCUAGAUGCUACCGGCAGAAUUCCUGAUAUUGCGGAUGUAAUAGAAAUCAGCGAGAAGAUACCAAUGCCGGCGGAUGUGAACACCCCUAUAUACGUUCUACUGUUGCAAAUCUUCGGUGCUUACUUCGCAUACGUGUUCGGCAAAUUCGCGUGCAAAAUUCUGAUACAAGGGUUCAGCUACGCGUUCCCUGUAAAUCUAACGAUACCAGUGUCGAUCUCGUUAUUGAUUGCCGCCUGCGGCUUGAGGAACAGCGAUCCUUGCAUAUUUCACGGCACCAUUCCGGAUUAUCUGUUCUACGAGUCGCCACCGUUUCACUUCCUCAACGACUUCGUGUCCAAGCAAUACGCCUGGGUGUGGCUGCUGUGGUUGCUAUCGCAAACUUGGAUUACUUUGCAUGUCUGGACACCGAAAUGCGAGCGACUUGCUGCCACGGAGAAAUUAUACGUCGUGCCCAUGUACGAUUCCCUCCUGAUCGAUCAGUCGAUGGGUCUGAACCGGAAACGGGAUGACCAGCCGGAAGUAAAAGUCGAGGAUUUGGCAGAGAUAGAGAAAGAAAAAGGUGACGGAGAUUACGAGACCAUAUACGAGCAGACAGACGGCACGAGUACACCCCCGACGGCUGUAAAAAGCAGCGAUCACGUAACCAGAAUAUAUGCCUGCGCGACCAUGUGGCAUGAGAACAAAGAAGAAAUGGUGGAAUUCUUGAAGAGUAUCCUGCGCCUGGACGAGGAUCAGUCUGCCCGACGCGUUGCUCAAAAGUAUCUGAAGGUUGUCGAUCCGGACUACUAUGAAUUCGAAACUCACAUCUUCUUCGACGACGCGUUUGAGUUAGCGAAGCACGAUGAGAACGAGUCGCAGGUGAAUAGGUUCGUGAAACUGUUGGUGGGAACUCUAGACGAGGCUGCGUCAGAUGUUCAUCAAACAAGGAUGCACGUCAGAGCUCCGAAGAAAUAUCCUACGCCUUACGGUGGUCGUCUGGUAUGGACUCUUCCUGGUAAAACGAAAAUGAUCGCCCAUCUGAAAGACAAGAGCAAGAUUCGUCAUCGUAAACGUUGGAGUCAGGUUAUGUACAUGUACUACUUGCUGGGACAUCGUCUGAUGGAAUUGCCAAUCAGCGUAGAUCGCAAGGAAGUAAUCGCAGAAAACACGUAUCUGUUAACCCUCGAUGGUGACAUCGACUUCCAACCUGCUGCCGUGAAACUGCUCGUAGAUUUGAUGAAGAAGAACAAGAACCUCGGUGCAGCUUGCGGCCGUAUUCAUCCGGUUGGCUCAGGUCCUAUGGUGUGGUACCAAAUGUUCGAGUACGCUAUUGGUCAUUGGCUGCAGAAAGCAACGGAGCACAUGAUCGGCUGUGUACUUUGUAGCCCUGGUUGCUUCUCGCUCUUCAGAGGAAAAGCUUUGAUGGACGAUAACGUGAUGAAGAAAUAUACGACAAGAUCCGACGAGGCGAGGCAUUAUGUUCAGUACGAUCAGGGAGAGGAUCGAUGGCUUUGUACGCUUCUUCUUCAACGUGGUUACAGAGUUGAGUACUCAGCAGCCAGCGAUGCUUACACUCAUGCACCUGAAGGUUUCAACGAAUUCUACAAUCAACGUCGUCGAUGGGUGCCUUCUACUAUAGCCAACAUUAUGGAUCUUCUGAUGGACGCGAAACGAACGAUAAAGAUCAACGACAAUAUUUCCCUUCCCUACAUCUCUUACCAGAUUUUGCUCAUGGGUGGUACCAUUUUGGGACCAGGUACGAUUUUCCUCAUGUUGGUGGGUGCGUUCGUGGCAGCCUUCAAGAUCGACAACUGGACCAGCUUCUACUAUAACAUUAUUCCUAUUCUCCUCUUUAUGAUCAUAUGUUUCACUUGUAAGGCGAACAUCCAGGUUAUCAUGGCAGCGAUAAUCAGCACUCUUUACGGCAUGGUGAUGAUCGCCGUGAUCGUUGGGAUCGCUAUUAGCAUCGUCGAGGACGGCGUGUUGUCGCCGUCCUCGUUGUUUCUGGCGUUGCUGGUAAGUCAGCUGGUGAUAUCCGGCAUAUUGCACCCGGCGGAGUUUUACUGCCUAUUAUGCAGCGUGAUAUACUUCGUCACCGUACCAUCGAUGUACGUGCUGCUUGUCAUUUACUCGGUUUGCAAUCUGAACGACAUCACGUGGGGCACGAGGGAGGUGGAGGUUAAAAAAACCGCCGCGGAACUUGAACAAGAGAAAAAGGAAGCCGAGGAGGCGAAACGGAAAGCGAAACAGAAGUCUCUAUUGGGAUUCCUGCAAAAUGGUGCAGGCUCGAACGACGACGAAGAAGGAUCUAUAGAGGUUUCUUUGGCAGGUUUAUUCAAGUGCAUGUUCUGCACUCAUGGUCAAACCUCGAAUGAGAAGCAGCAAUUGGUCGCCAUCGCUGAAUCUUUGGAACAAGUUGGCAAACGUCUGGAAGUCAUCGAAAGAGCCGUGGAUCCUCACGGAAUGUCGACUCGACGUCGCGCACCCUCCGUCGGUUCCCGAACAGCCGAUCAUUUGAGCGCCAUUGGUGAGGAUUCUCGAGAAGAGGACUGCCAUAGCAAAGCGGAAACCGUAACUAGUCAAAACACGGAAGGCAAUCGUGAGGGUAACUUCCUCAGCAGACCUUACUGGCUAAGCGACGAGGGAUUGAAGAAGGGUGAGAUCGAUGUCCUGUCACUGCAGGAGGAACAAUUCUGGAACGACCUUCUGGAGAAGUAUCUGUACCCUAUCGACGAGGACAAGGCGGAAAAAGAACGAAUCGCUAAAGAUCUAAAGGACCUACGUGACCAGAGCGUGUUCGCGUUUUUUAUGAUGAACGCCCUCUUCGUCCUGAUCGUCUUUCUGCUACAAUUAAACAAAGAUUUGUUGCACGUGAAGUGGCCCUUCGGUAUCAAGACGAACAUCACCUAUGACGAAAGCUCGCAGGAGGUACACAUUACCAAGGAGUAUCUGCAACUCGAGCCAAUUGGCCUGGUGUUCGUGUUCUUUUUCGCGUUGAUAUUGGUUAUCCAAUUCACCGCGAUGCUGUUCCAUCGAUUUGGCACGCUCGCGCAUAUUUUAGCCAGUACCAGCCUUGACUGGUACUGUUGCAAGAAGACGAAGGAUUUGUCGGAAGAAGCGCUAUUAUCGAAACACGCGGUGGAAAUAGUGAGGGAUUUGCAAAGAUUAGACGGCAUGGAGGGUGAUUACGAGGAAGGAAGCGGCAGUGGACCAGGCAGAAGACCGACGAUAAGAAAUUUGGAAAAGAGCCGAAGAAAAACGCAGGCCAUCAAUACGCUCGAUGUCGCUUUCAGGCAGCGAUUCUUCAGUAUGCCUGAUGCCAACGGUUUGCCGAGGAAUAUGUCGACGAGACGUUCCGCGAAGGCUUUCAAGGCAUUCGAAGGUCGCAGGAACAGCAUAAUGGCGAUGAGGAGAAAGUCGCAGAUGCAAACUUUAGGAGCGAAUAACAUUUACGGUGUGGCGGGCAAUCCCUUGGGAAUUCAAGGACGUCCGUUGAGAAGCAGCCAGAUUUCUGUUAAGGACGUGUUCGAGGGACACGGAGGACACACGAAUUCCGCUUACGAACCGGACGAGAACACCGGAAGCAGCCUGAGACUUCACAAUUUAGGUCAGAGCACGUGGAGAGAGCCGAACAUUCAUAACUGAUGCAAAAGGUAAGCAAUUAUAACGGACAUCCUCGAACCUUCCGACGAUAACCGGAUGAGAUGCGUGCAAUGGCCGCGAUUUCCCCUAGAAAUCGCUAGAACACAAUGUUGUCACCGUCAAUGUUGUCAACAACAGAACCGAUUUGAUUUGAACAUCGUCGCGCAUUUCAGCGCUUCCUCUAGCAAUUAUCCAUUAGUUUAUCUGAUUACGUAUGAUAUAAGAGCGGAUAGAAGAGUACGAAAAGACUGCCUUCGUGUAGACUAAUUUAUGAUGAAACGAAUGGAACAGGGCCGUCUUUAAGCUCUUUAUUUAUUUAUUUCUUCCCUUUAAGUGAAAGAAGAAGAAAAGGAACC